ACCGUGCAGGAGGAGAGAGCGUCUGUUCCCGGUGAUGUGGAUGAGCCAACUCGGUGUUCGCUGACGGAGGAGCAUCUCGGACCGGACACCCGAGCGGAGCUGCUUGCGGUGAGCCAUGCCGUUGGUUAAGAGGAUCAUCGAGCCCCGGUUCCUGUGCCGCGGCACUCUGCCCGACGGAGUGGCCAGUGAGCUGGAGUGUGUCACCAACAGCACGCUGGCUGCUGUCAUCAAACAGCUGGGCGGACUGAGUCGACAUGCGGAGGACAUCUUCGGCGAGCUCUUCACGGAGGCUAACAGCUUCUACCUGAGGAUGAGCAGCCUGCAGGAGAGAGUGGAUCUGCUGGCCGUCAAGGUGACUCAGCUGGACUCCACAGUGGAGGAAGUGUCUCUGCAGGACAUCAACAUGCGGAAGGCGUUCAGGAGCAGUACCAUCCAGGACCAGCAGGCUGUGUCACGGAGCUCCAUCCUCAACCCAGUGCUGGAGAUGUACCACCGCUGUGACAAGCCGCCGCCUCUGAACAUCCUGACUCCCUACAGGGACGACAAGAAGGAUGGACUGAAGUUCUACACCGAUCCGUCGUACUUCUUCAGCCUGUGGAGGGAAAAGAUGCUGCAGGCCACCGAGAACAAACGGAAAGAAAAGCGACGACACAAGGAGCAGAAACACGUGGAGGAGUCUGCAGGCCGAGAGGUGAAGAAGGUCCGUAAAGCUCGGAACAGGCGGCAGGAGUGGAACCUGAUGGCCUACGAUAAGGAGCUCCGCCCAGAUGCUCGCAUCACGCCGUCGCCGUACCACACCUCCGACGGAUCCAUGUCACCUGACAGGUCAACCAUGUCAGAAGACCCCAUCAGCCCUCCCCAACAUGAGGCCCAUGGACGUCAAGGCAAAGAUCACAUCACCGUGGCAACCAGCGGAAGCGGACAGACGCAGUCGUUGGACCGCGCUCUAAAACCCGCUUCUACUGCAGUCGCCACGGCAACGACCCGGCAGCACUCUCUGGGUCGCAACCAACUGCACCACCACCACCACCCGCCUCCACAGGGGGGCACAGCCAACCAGAAUGGAGCACGGGGCCACACUGCCAAGGAGACAGCAGGACCCACGGCGUUCACCAACAGUACCGCCCACACUGCUGCCAUGGCAACGCCUGCUGCUGCUGGUAAACAAGGUGGUGGCGCUGCCCUGUCCCGGCCUUACAGCCCCUCCCCACCCCCGCCUCCUCCGGCUAAUUAUGUCCCGUCCCCCUCCCGUCCAGGGGGUCAGGCCCCGCCCUCUGCUACGCCUGUGCCGCCGUUACCCACGGCAACAGACAACAGGAAGACGGCCAGUGGGAUGAACGUGCCGAUGAAUGACGCUCGAAGCGACCUGUUGGCAGCCAUACGCAGAGGAAUCCAGCUCAGGAAGGUCCAGGAGCAGCGCGAGCAGGAGGAGGCCAAGAAACGAGAGCCAGCGGGGAACGACGUGGCCACCAUCCUGUCACGUCGCAUCGCAGUGGAGUACAGCGAAUCAGAGGAGGAGUCCGAGCCCGAGGACCAGGAGUGGUCUGACUGAGGAGGAGGAAGAGUCCCAGUCCGUGAGGAAGACCUGAACCAGAUCAGCUGCUGUACCUAAAGUGUGCCAAGAAAAGCAUGAGCGAAGGAAUUCUGCUUAAAGACACUUUUCCCUUUCUCUCUACACACACACACUCUCACACA